AGGAGGAGGAGGAGGAGGAGAAGCCGGAAGUGGUGCGCGAGCAGAUCCGUGAAGACGCAGCGCACCUUUCGGCAUCGGAGCAGAGAAGAGUCACUCACAGGACCAGGAGGAAAGGACAGGACAGACUGGACGUGCUCCAAACUGAAGAAAAUGGAGGACAUCACUCCAUUAUUUCUCAACCUGAGGGACUGAACAACAGCAGCAGCAGCAUGGCCGAUGCCUCAGACUCCUCCAUCCAGACAGCAGAGGCCAUGGUUUAUUGCAAACUGUGUUUGACUGACUGUCCUGCACCAGAGACGAGCACGUUGCGCUCCUGUGACUGCGUGUUCUGUACCCAGUGCUUACGUCAGUAUGUGCAGUUGGCCAUAAGGGACGGGGCUGGCACCCCCAUCACCUGCCCUGACGUGGCCUGCAAGCACCCUGGAGCUCUGCUGGAUUCUGAGAUUGCCGCUUUUGCCUCUGGUGAACAAGUCAAGUUCUACCAGCGGCUCAAAUUUGAAAGAGGUGUUCAGUUGGACCCAUGUAAGGCCUGGUGCCCGGUGCUGGAAUGUCAGGCCGUUUGCAGUGUGAACCCUGGUACUGAGGGUAAACCGGUGCCCGUUCCCUGCCCAACAUGCCACGGUGUCUUUUGCUACGCCUGCAAAGAAUUAUGGGAGGAUGGACACAGCUGCCAACAGCACCAGCCUCUAGUGGUGCUGCCUGCCAAUGACAGUGCUCAGGCCAGUGCGGACCCAGACCCAGUCAUCAAACAGUGUCCCAAGUGCGGAGUCUACAUCGAGCGCAACCAGGGCUGUGCUCAAAUGUUGUGCAAGAGCUGCAAACACACUUUCUGCUGGUACUGCUUGCAGAAUCUAGAUGGGGACAUUUUCCUGAGACACUAUGAUAAAGGUCCCUGCCGUAAUAAGUUAGGACAUUCCAGAGCUUCUGUCAUGUGGAACAGGACACAGGUGGCAGGCAUCCUGGUGGGCGUGAGCAUCAUCGUGGUGGUGACAUCUCCUCUGCUGCUCUUAGCCUCUCCGUGCAUCCUGUGCUGCGUGUGCAAGCCCUGGCACAGGAGGAACGAGAAGAAAAAGAAGAAAAAGCCAACAAAAGAGACAAAGGCAACAGAUUUGGCAGUGUAAUGUCUUCUCUAAACCACCGCUCUUGUAUACAGUACUGUAUUUCCUGCAGUCCUCCAUCUGCAGUACUGUAGCGCUCUCACAUGCCAAAAACCUGUGUUGUUCAGCCAGGCGCUAAAGUGCCUCAUUUCUCCAGUGCCUGGUGUUUGGUGGUCUUUCUUUCGCCUUCCAUUGUAUUAUGCAAAAAUAUUCAACAUCAAGAAAGGAACACACAUCCAUGGCCUGUUUUCAAUCCAUGCAAAAUAUAUGUUAAUGUCUUGCCAUGGAAGUUGUGUUUUAUAUUGUGUUUAAGGAAAAUGAUGACAGGGCUUUAACUGUAACCAGUAUAUAUAUGCUACAUAAAGUUAGUUCUAUAGAUUUGAUUGAUUUCCCUUUGGGUUCCAGACAACAGGUUCUGAUGGGUGUCUGUUUCACCUACUGUAAUGUGUGUAUAUAAUGUGUGUAUGAAUGUGGAUGCUGUCUUGUGUUUUUACAUUUUCUGUUAACUUUUUGGCAUCGGAUAUUUUGUAUUACACCAUAACAAUAAAAUUAAUAUGAGGUA